ACGUGUCAGACAGCCAAUGGCUGACCGCGCAGCACGAGCUGCCGUCCAAUCAUUGGACGUGAACACUUACUGAUCCCGGGUCUUAAGGAAGCCACUUCACCUCAGAACUGCAACGUGUAUUUUCUACAACCAUAGACUUGAGUUAGUUUGUGUGAAAUGGGUCGCCGCAAGUCCAAAAGAAAGCCCCCUCCUAAGAAGAAGAUGACGGGAGAUUUAGAUUCCCAGUUCACAUGUCCUUUCUGCAACCACGAGAAGUCGUGUGACGUCAAAAUGGAGAGGACCAGAAAUACUGGGAUAAUAUCCUGCACGGUCUGCCUGGAAGAGUUCCAGACCCCCAUCACCUACCUGUCAGAGCCGGUCGAUGUUUAUAGUGACUGGAUAGAUGCCUGUGAAGCAGCCAAUCAGUAGCCCUCGUGGAACUGGACAUCUCUCAGUAAGAAGGGUGAGGGGGGGUGAGGAUGAGGAUGUGGCUGGUGAACGCGGGCCUGUUAGGAUCAAGCUGGUCAGGGGACGUUUAACAAACUUUAAUUAUUCAGUUUCCCCAUAUGGUCACUUGAGUUGUACAGCUGUGUGAACAGCAAUUUCACUGAUGAUGAUCUGAUCUGAAGGAUUCUCGCUCUCCCCUGAUCCACCCCCUCCCCUUUCUGUACGAGCCACAACACAAGUUUAGUCUUUAUUUUAUGGUUUGUUACAUAAUUUGUAAUUUGGAGUGGUGACUGAUUUUCCUUGUACAAAGAGAGGCUUUCAGUUUUUGUUUUUCGUAUUUCUUUUUAUUUGAAUGUGUUUCAAAGAUGAUUUAGAUACAUUGUAAACAAGCCUCAAACAUGUCUUUAAAAAUGUGAUUCCUGCUUUUUAUUUUGUUACAACAGAGAAAUAUUGUCACCUGCUUGAAUAUCAUUUUAUGAAAGCUGACUCUUAAUAAAAAAAAGUUAGAUCCCAUCUUGAGAUUUUAAAGGAUAAGAAAGGAUACAAAGUAAAACAUUUCUGUGUAAGAAUGAUGAGAGAGAGGUGAAUAUGUGAAUCUUGACAGAAACAGGAAAAGCCUACUUGUCAAAAAAUUAUUUCUCACCCUCAUUCCUAAUUAUACACUCUGAUGAUAGUUGCAGGACCCAGCAAGAUAUUAGCGUUUUCAAACAAGCUUUACAACGUGUAUUUUAGUGAACUUCUUUUCUUUUUAGUUAGGAUGUUAUAGUUUGUGUAUUCUUAGAUACAGAUCUGUCAGAAACAUGAGGUCAUUCCACUGGAGAGAGGAAUGAAAAAGUACAAGAUUUAUUCUUAGCUUUUAAGUUCAAAUGUUUUGAAUCAUUCUGAAAUCAGUUAGUUUGUUUUUAGUUACAGCCUCAUUUUCACAAAAUGAACACUUUCAAAAAGUACAAAUUCUGUUUGUUAUUAAAGCAACACAUUGUGGUUGAUGUAGAGUGAUCCUAUCCUCAAGUCACGUGUGAUAUUGGAAACAUUUUUUCCUAAGCAACAGCCAUCAUUGUAAAUGCCUCAAAGCAAGCUGUAUUUUUUUAAAUGCUGUGAAUCUGAAAAGUGUGAUCCUGGAAAUAAACUAGUAUCGAGACUUGAUAACAGGA